AUGGCCUUUUCCAAUGCAACCACCACAGUGGGCAGCUCAGCCCUCCCAGCCACCUUUCGGGCCGAAGUCAUCUUGGUUUUCCGCCUGUUCCUCGGGGUCUGCUUCCUGGUGGGGAUUCCUGGGAACGCACUGGUCAUAUGGACCAUCGUGGCCCAGCUCCGCCAGCACUCCACCACCAUCCGCCUCCUCCUGCAUCUGGCCGUGGCUGACCUCCUGGCCCUGCUCACGCUGCCCCUCUGGAUCUUUGUCUUCGGUGGCCACUGGGUGCUGGGCUCGGGGCUGUGCCGCCUGGUCACCUACCUCGUCUACCUCUGCAUGUAUGCCAGUGUCUUCCUUAUCACCCUCAUCAGCCUGCACCGCUGCUUGGCCCUGCGGUGCCCAUUGGCCUGGCAGCAGUGGCAGAGGCCGAAGGUGGUCUCAGGAGUGGUGGGGGCCACCUGGGCCCUGGCCGCAGGGUGUGCUGGCCCCGUCCUUGUGUUCCUCGUUCCUGUGGAGCCAUCUGGGCAGGGCCGGUGUCCCAGGCAGGUGUACGAUAGCGGGGCCCAGCGCCUGGCAGUCAACGUGACAGAGACGUUGUUUGGCUUUAUCUUUCCUCUCUCCAUCCUGCUUGUGUGCUCCACCUGCGUGGCCCGCGGGGUCCGACAGGUCAGAUCUCCACGCGGCGGUCGGGCGGAGAGGCUGGUAGCAGCUGUGGUAGUGGCUUUCUUCGUGUGCUGGGCUCCCUUCCACAUCUGCAACCUCACAGUCAUCUCUUCCCUGUUGUUGGAGCCCUCGGCUGCAGCCUUGGCCCUCUCUCUGCAGAAGGCGGUGGAGGCCCACAGGCCUCUGGCCACAGCCCUAGCCUUCUUCAGCAGCAGUCUCAACCCUGUGCUCUAUGCCUUCUUUGCCUGCCACUUCCGGAAGGGGCUCAGGGCCACACAGUUGGCCAAAUUUUUUGGGCAGAUGAAUGAGCCACGGGAGGAGGAGCCACUGCCCAAGUCUCCUGGAGAUGGGAGGCUGGGAACUGCCACCGUGAUGUAG